AUUAGAUGGUUUCCAUGGGAAUUCUUAGAAUUUCAAACCCUUCAAAAUGGUUCUCCAACAAGGGUAUUUGGUUAAGUCUUCCUCGCUUUCGCUCGAAAUUGAAAUCAAAAUCCUCAACCUCGCUGCUUCUGUCGCCGCCGAGCAUUCCUCCACCAACGCUACUUCGUAACACUACUAGAGAAGAAGAGCUCCAAGUAGUUUUUCGUCAGUUCGACAACAAUGAAGAUGGGAAGAUUUCGAGUGAGGAGCUCAGUGCUUACUUGACUUCGAUAGGAGACAAUGUAUCGGAAAACGAAGUGCGAAGGGUUAUCGAAGAUUUCAAUGAUAAUGGGGACAACCUACCGGGAUUCAAGGAGUUUAUUAAGUUGCUGGAAGGAGGCAACGAAGGCGAUGAUGAUAUUAAAAGAGCGUUCGAGAUGUACGAGGUGGAUAAAGGUUGUGGGUGCAUCACACCGGUGGGAUUGCAGCAGAUGCUCGGUCGUCUUGGGGAUGCGAAAUCGUACGAAGAGUGUAAAGCCAUGAUUGGGGUGUUCGACCUUGAUGGCAAUGGAGCGCUUGACUUCCAUGAAUUUCAGCAUAUGAUGAGAGGUGAACAAUAUACAAACAAAAAAUAUAUAUAAUUAGAGUCUAUAAGUCAAUCAUAUCGAAUUUUGAGAUAAAUUCCAAACAACCUUUCU